AUGGUUCCUGAGAAGGAGCAGGCGACGAGAGGAGAGAGCGACUGGAGCUGCGUCAAAGGGUACAUCACCUGGUACUAUAGGGUGUCACACCCGUACAUGCUGCCCGCUGCACCUAGAGAUCCGCCCAGACCAUCCCACGAGGAGAUUUUGCAGGCUCACCAGGCUGAGUUGGACCACACUCACGAUCUCAUUGCAGAUGGUUUAUUUCCUAAGGGGUCUGCGGAGAGGCGUGUGGUGGAUAAUAUGAUUAGGCUGGCACAAGAGGCAUUUCUAUACUGUAGAAAUCGUGCCAUGACUGGUGGGGCACUGGACCCUAGAGGCAGAGCCAGGAGAGGACAUGGUGGACACAGAAGCGGAGACGGAGGCCGUGGUGGAGAGCAGCAGGAUGAUGUCCGGCACACACAGUAG